AUGUCUUCUGCUAUUCGACAACGACAAGCUUCGCCCGUGAGAUUCGUAGAGUCUACCGGCUCAGCUGUAACGUUUGAGUCUUUUGAUUUGCCUGCUACCAAUCAACGCUUUCUUGAUUACCCUCAUCCGCCCAACACCCAGAUCCCUCUUGCGCUUCGCCCGUCCAGCGAUGUGACUUCUUUGGAAACUGCCGUCUCUACAAUCAAAAACCUCCAACGAGACGGAACUCUGACCAAACUGCUAGCAAGGCACGGUGCUAUUCUCUUUCGGAAUCUUCCGAUCGAUGACGCUCUUGCAUUCAGCAAAUUUGCUCACGCAUUUGGGUAUGCGCCCCAUGAGAUCAUUGGCAUCGUCGUCGACCGGCCACUUCUAGCGCCCAACGUCGCUCCUGCCAACGAGGCUCCAAAGGAGGUGCAAAUCUACAACCACAAUGAGUCCCCUCAGGUGCCGCACGCCCCAGCAUACAUUUUCUUUUAUUCUCAUCGGGCUCCAGAAAAGGGCGGCGAGACUCCCAUUUCGUCCAGUCUGGAGCUAUUCCAUCGCGCCCAGGCCGAGAUACCGGAAUUUAUUGAUCUUGUCGCCGAGAAGGGAAUUCUUAGCAAAGUGACAUACAAAGCGACGAAGCAGACAGCGGGGGGAUCGACUUUGAGGCAGGCCUUUGGAAAGGAAAUCCAGGAUAGCGAUGACGAGGAGAGGGCGCGCAAAAAGAUUGAAGCACAGAUUUUGCGAUAUGGCCGCGGGGAAAACACUACAUGGGAGUGGAAAGAUUUUGAUGAUGGCAAAGGGCUGGUGCUCACACAUCGCUUACCGGUUAUUCGAACCCAGCCAGGGACUAACCUCCCCACGCUUUUCAGUGGACUGGCAGCUUAUCACAAGUACUCGAUCAAUGCUCAAGCAGCAGAUGGAUCUGCGAAAGCAAACACUGUGCAUCAGUUUUUUGGCGAUGGAACCCAAAUUCCUGAGAAAUAUUUGGCUCACCUAGUCGAAAUUACCGAAGAUAUUCGAGUUCUCCAUAAAUGGCAGCAAGGUGAUGUGCUGGUCUUUGAUAAUAUCAUUGCCCAGCAUGGACGUGAGCCAUGGCAAGGGGAACAGUCCGAUCGCGUGGUUUUGGCUAGCUUGUUCGAUGGAGAAAAAUUGCCUGGUGCAUAUGGAUUCGGAGAUUGGGCCCAAGUUGUGAAAGCCUCGGACUAG